AGCCGCUUCCUCCUUUCAAGGCAACCCACUCUCUUCGAACAUACAUUUGGGAAACGGAGAGCCAACUACACUUGCAAAUUCCACAAGCCGUUUUGUUCCUCAAAGGCCACUCCUAAGAGUGCCCAGUUCCCCCCAUCCGAGACACGUCAAAAAUGACAAGCCCCGAGCAACAAAGAUUGACUCAAACGUCCCUUAAGCUCUUGGAGAAGUUGCCGGAGCCAAAGCCCGAGCUACAGGACAGUUACGCUGCCGCUACCGUCAGGCGAGAACAGUUUCGUUCUUUGCACCAAGAACAAGGGCAGGUUCUGCUUGACAGUAAUGGCGCUUCAGAGAGUAAAUCCUUUCAGAACACAAGUUUUCCAUCGGAAUCCUCAAAUCCACUGUGCCAGACGCCCUCGCACGGCCCCGAACAACUGGAUAACGACUUGAAACUAGUCCAAGGAUUUGCCAAGUCCGCCAUCGAGGAUCCAGUAGAACGGCACUUGACACCUGGUCACAUCGCUGACCCACCCCAUGUCGCCAAGCAAGGGCUUGAAAAGCUCAAAACGCCAUACGCAAGUGCAGAAUCUAUUGAGAAUCGGAGAUUGAUUGCUCAGCUCAACGCUGAGGGGGCCCGCAAACCGCCAGCGAAAAUAAAGCGACGAAAGAGCUCUAUGGAAGUUGAGAUGAGCUGCUCUGCUCCUGAUUCUAACCAAGUUUUUGAGAUGACCCUUCCCUAAAAGGGGGAUCCAGAUAUACACAGCCUUGUUUGUUAGCGCUGUCCACUGGCUAUUUUUCUCCUCGUCGAAAACAGUUGGCUUCCAUUUUCACUUCCGUUGAUGGCUUCACCCCAGUCGAAGUUCCUGUUUCUUAUUUUUCGGUCCAAUAUCAUAACUAGUUUUAGAUUUCCUGUUUUACGCUAGGCUUGUUUCGCCCUUGUCUACAUUUCUCUUGGGGCGCAAACUUUUCGAGAGAACGCUACUAUCACUUAGCUAGUGCUCCGCAAAGCAUAAAAUACUUUUACGCGUCAA